UUACUCCCUAAAUCAAAACUAACAUCCCCUGGAUCUGUAUGCUUCUACAAACUUCUUCAAACAUCUUGCUUUUUGCAGAACAUGGUCACAUCGACUCACGCCCACUGCUCUAUUUGAUAGCUCAACUUACAUUGGCUUUGCCAAGGACUGUCACAGCUAUUUGCACAAUUUAUCGUUGUUCUCUUCCGCCAUGCUGACAUCGCGGAGCUUUUCCACUGCCAGGCUGACUAGGUCUGCUGUGGCGGCAUUUAGGGCCGCUCGCAACCGCUCUCUGGCUCAAUCGCGCUACCCCGUCUCACGCGCAGCCGAGGUUCCGUCUCUCCACGAAUUGAAUGCAACCAGAACUCACCCAUUUUUCGCCGCCCUGGCGGUGAGGCUCGGAGCUUCCACGAAUACGCCGAAACUGUACUUGAAAGAGGCUGGGCUUCCCAGAAAUUUUAAUUGCCGCGCCUACUCCAACUCCUCUGCUAGUUCCGGCCAGAUAAGCAACUCAGAAUACACUGAGUUGGCUUUUGAGGGUAUAGUUGGAGCUGUAGAUGCCGCACGAGCCAACAAACAACAAGUGGUUGAAACAGAGCAUUUGAUGAAAUCCCUUCUGGAGCAGAAAGAUGGAUUAGCUCGAAGAAUAUUCACUAAAGCUGGUCUGGACAACACAUCAGUUUUGCAAGCCACGGAUACAUUUAUAUCCAAACAGCCUAAUGUGACUGGUGGUACAAGUGGUCCCAUUAUUGGGCCUCAUUUAUAUUCUCUCUUAGAAAAUGCAAAGAAGUAUAAGAAAGAAAUGCAUGAUUCCUUUGUGUCUGUGGAGCACUUGUUGUUAGCUUUGUAUUCAGACACCAGAUUUGGGCAGCAAUUAUUUAGAAAUUUGCAACUUGGUGAGAAAUCUUUAAAGGAAGCCAUUGAAGCUGUUCGUGGUAAUCAGAGAGUAACCGACCAAAACCCAGAAGGAAAGUUUGAGGUACUUGAAAAAUAUGGUAUGGACUUGACAGAACUUGCCAAAUGUGGAAAGCUUGACCCUGUAAUAGGGCGUGAUGAUGAAAUACGGCGUUGCAUUCAAAUUUUGAGCCGGAGGACAAAAAACAACCCUGUAAUAAUUGGUGAGCCUGGUGUAGGGAAAACUGCAAUUGCUGAAGGGUUGGCACAGCGCAUAGUCCGUGGAGAUGUUCCGGAACCUCUCAUGAAUCGAAAGUUGAUAUCAUUGGAUAUGGGUGCACUACUUGCUGGCUCCAAGUUCCGUGGAGAAUUUGAGGAAAGGUUAAAAGCUGUGUUAAAGGAAGUAACUGCUUCGAAUGGACAGAUUAUACUAUUUAUUGAUGAGAUCCACACAGUUGUUGGUGCAGGCGCUACUGGUGGGGCAAUGGAUGCUGGGAAUUUAUUGAAACCAAUGCUUGGCCGUGGUGAACUUAGAUGCAUAGGAGCAACUACACUAAAUGAGUACAGAAAAUAUGUCGAAAAGGAUCCUGCUUUAGAACGCAGGUUUCAGCAAGUAUAUUGUGGUCAACCGUCUGUAGAAGAUACAAUUUCCAUUCUUCGUGGAUUGCGAGAGCGGUACGAACUGCAUCAUGGGGUCAAAAUAUCCGACAGUGCUCUUGUAUCAGCAGCUGUUCUUGCAGAUAGAUACAUUUCCGAGAGGUUUUUACCAGACAAAGCCAUUGACCUUGUUGAUGAAGCUGCUGCGAAACUGAAAAUGGAAAUCACUUCAAAGCCUACUGGGUUAGAUGAAUUAGACAGGACAAUACUAAAGCUAGAAAUGGAGAAGCUUUCUCUUAAAAGUGACACUGAUAAAGCAUCUAAAGAAAGGCUGUGCAAGUUGGAAGGUGACCUAACAUCACUGAAACAAAAGCAACAAGAGCUAACUGAACAGUGGGAGCAUGAAAAAAGACUGAUGACUUGUAUACGGUCAAUCAAGGAAGAGAUUGAUAGGGUCAACGUAGAGAUGGAAGCUGCAGAGCGUGAGUAUGAUCUAAACCGUGCAGCUGAACUUAAGUAUGGAACAUUGACGUCUCUUCAUCGUAAGCUUGAUGAAGCAGAGAAAAAUCUUGCUGAUUAUCAAAAAUCUGGAAGCUCUCUACUCCAAGAGGAAGUAACGGACAUUGACAUUGCUGAAAUUGUCAGCAAGUGGACUGGAAUUCCUUUAUCAAAUCUUCAACAGACAGAAAAGGAAAAGCUCGUACGGUUAGAGAACGUUCUUCACAACAGGGUUGUUGGACAGGACAUGGCAGUGAAAUCUGUAGCUGAUGCAAUCAGACGUUCGAGAGCCGGGCUAUCUGACCCUAACAGACCCAUUGCGAGUUUCAUGUUUAUGGGCCCCACGGGCAUUGGUAAAACCGAGCUUGCAAAGGCUCUUUCUGCUUACCUUUUCAAUACCGAAAAUGCUCUCUUGAGGAUUGAUAUGAGCGAAUAUAUGGAAAAACAUGCGGUUUCACGCUUGGUUGGGGCCCCACCAGGUUAUGUUGGUUAUGAAGAGGGUGGGCAACUCACAGAAGUAAUCCGACGGAGGCCUUAUUCAGUUGUACUCUUUGAUGAAAUUGAGAAAGCACAUCCUGAUGUUUUCAACAUUCUUUUACAGUUGUUGGAUGAUGGGAGAAUCACAGACUCCCAAGGAAGAACUGUUAGCUUCACAAACACGGUUGUGAUAAUGACAUCAAACAUCGGUUCACAACAUAUUCUUGAAACUCUUCAAAGCUCGCUUGGUAGCAAAGAGUCUGUUUAUGAACUCAUGAAAAAACAGGUCGUUGACUUGGCAAGACAAACUUUUCGGCCAGAGUUCAUGAAUAGAAUUGAUGAGUACAUUGUUUUCCAACCUCUGGGCAUGGAGCAAGUUAGCCAAAUUGUCGAAAUCCAGAUGAACCGUGUAAAGGAGCGACUCAAACAGAAGAAAAUCGAGCUGCAUUAUACGGAAGAAGCUUUAAGUUUUCUGGCUACUAUGGGAUUUGACCCUAAUUUUGGAGCCCGACCUAUCAAGCGUGUGAUUCAACAAAUGGUUGAGAAUGAAAUAGCAUUGAGUGUGUUGAAGGGGGAUUUUAAGGAGGAUGACUCUAUUGUAGUGGACGUUGAUAACUUGCAGAAUUCCAAUGCCCGAAACAGGUUGGUCAUCAAGAAAAUAGAAAAUGGGUUUGCACUGGAUGCCAUGGUCGCUAAUGAUUGAUUGAUACACCUUGUUAAGAAGGUGUUGUACAUUAUUAGGAAGGGCAUUUUGUAGCUUCGUAUUCUUUUAUUUAAUACUUCGUAUAGAGAUAACUAUCAAAUAAGCCCUCUUACUAUAUGGAAAAUGGCAAUUAACCCCUCCUACUUCAAAAUCACCCAAUCAACUAAUCAAG